CGGCCAUUGCCUAAAACCAGAGGAUUGGAUUUCGUGUCAAAAUUAGGUUUUGCUACUAGCCAACUCUGAGAGAUUUGAGAUCGGCAUUCAGACACGUAGAGGUUUUUCGAUUUGGAUCGACUUGAAUCGGCUCUGUUGUAGUUUAGAUUCGGAGGCUGAAGACCACAGUAAAGACUAGGGUUUCGACUUUCGAAUCUGAGAGUAAGAAAAUAGGGGUUUUGACGGUUUGAUCGGACCAGAAAUUGAAACUCUUUUUAAAGUAAAGAAAUUGGAGCAGGAAAAGAAGAAGGAUUCGAGUUGUUGUUGUUGGGAUUUGUAUUACAUAAUAUGCGGGGAUUGCAGAAACGGGUUUCUUGGGCUUCAGAUGUUAAUCUUAAUCAGGUUAAGUUGUUUCUGUUGGAGGAAUCUCCUUCACAAGUUGGGUUGAGUGCUCAAGAUCACCUCCAAGCAAAGACAUCCUGGUUGUCACAUUCAUCUGGAACAGGUUCUGAUGAAAAUCUGCCUCCUGGUUUUGAGAGUGCUCAUCCAGUAAAUCAGCUGCAGAUUGACUUGUCUCAAAUUCCUCUAAUUAGAUGGAAAUCUCCUCCUAGGGUGGUACUGAACUUGGCUUGGCAAGUUGUCGCUGGAGAAGAAAGCAAAGAGGUGCAGAGCGAGAAUCAGAGAGAAUUACGAGUACUGGAAGCAGUUUAUCCUCGGCAAUCUGCUAUUCCUCCGAACCCCUUCGUAGAUGUGGAGGAGUCUAUUCCCAAUGAUGUACAACCUCUUUCAAUACCUAUUACUCCUGUCGAAGAGGAAGAUGCAGCAGUUGAUACAUCAUCUGAAUUGAUGGCACCGUUUAAGAUUUCUACAAGUUCACCAUCCUUCCUACCAACCCAUGGAAUACCACCCCAAUCUCAUAGCAAUGCAGCUAGUAAUGGAAAUCUCAUUGCUUCCAGUAAGCCAACUGUCGGGACGCCUGUAGGGGUUGAACCGAACGUUGUAGCUGCUGCCCUUGGUGCAAUCAUGAAUGGCAACAAUGACCAUGGAAAUAUGAUUGACCCUGAACUGCUGAUUAAGAUUCUGAGCAACCCUAAGAUGAUUGAGAAAUUGGUUACAGAUCCACAGGCAGUGGCUAGAUCACCAUCCAUGACUACAUCAGAUUCCAUCCCUCUUCACAUUAGUAAGACAGAAAGUAUCACACCUUUGUCUACCACUUCAUCAAGUGCACAUUUUUAUCCUCAGGCAACUAUGGGUGGUAUGGGACAUCUUUCUGAUCAAUCUUCGAGAUCAACCAUGCCAGUUUCAUCCUCGCCUGCUGUUGGACCACCCCCAGCAAAGGAUAUCAACUAUUAUAAAAGCUUGAUUCAACAACAUGGAGGGGAUACACACGACUCGUUUCCACCAUUUGGUAGUCGUCAAGGCAACCAUUCAGCAAACCAUGAACCGUUUAGUGGUUACAAAUCAAGAGAUUCAAAGCCUAAGAUUAUGAAGCCUUGCAUAUACUUCAAUAGUUCGAGGGGUUGCCGCCAUGGAGCAAACUGUUCUUUCCAACAUGAUGCAUCUUUCCAACAGCAGGGCAAUCGUGUGCCCGACGUGCAGAAUGCCAAGAGAAUGAAACUUGAUAGGGAGAUAAGUAGUUAAUGUAGUGCUUGUAUGUACAUUUUUCAUUUCAAAUGAAGAGCCUUCAGUGUGGCUCAAAUUUCUUUCAAGAGUUGUUUUUCAAAAUUUGUUUAAUUUAUUAUCACUCACUCUCCUUAGAGGAGCUUUCAA